AUGAAAACAUCUCAACGUAGAUCCCAGCGGGCAUCUGCCGCUUGCGACUUUUGCCGAAGGCGAAAGCUUGGUUGCGAUAACGCGAAGCCAAAGUGCGAAAAUUGCCAGGGCCGAGCUAUUGAGUGUACAUAUUCUCACAGAAUUGCUCAAGCUAGACCGUCUAAUGCGCGCAUACAGAAACUGGAGGAGGAAAAUGCGCGUUUACGCGAUCAAUUGUGCUCAAGGAGUCCAGAGUUGAGUGGUGUGCAUUCUGAUGCUCAACAACGAGACACUCACUUGGCUGCUGAUACCCCAAACCCAAUUGAAUCAACACCUACGCUGAACAUCAUCAGCGAUCAGACUCAUCAAGCAAAGGCGCAGGCUGUCUCUCCUUCUUGCCAUUCCGCAAUCGGGCAACCCGAGGGCGCCGCUUUUCAUGGCCCUUCCAGCGGAGCCUGCGGAGGCAUACAUAUAAGAAACAACAAAGAGCCGCCUCGUAUAACCAGCCACGAUGAGAUUACCAAAAACCAACUUUUAGCAGAGACAGCCAAGCAACGUCAACUCGAAAAGGUCAACCUCAGAGCAAGAAAGCUUGACUUCUGUGGUGACGACCCAAAGAUUGGCAUGGAUCUUCUUUCCAAAUUCUGGAACCGCCAGCAUUACAUGGGCUCUAUCGUCUAUCGGCCAGCUUUUAUGCGCGACAUGGCAUGCAAAGGCCCUUACUACUCCGACCUUCUCCUCACAGCCAUGCUCUUUGCUGGCUCUAUGCACACAGUUGAUGCAGCUGCUCUCCGAAACACUAGCAGGCUGAAUUCUAUCGGUCAUCCAUAUCGUAUCAAAUUCGAACAAGCCUUGCACGCUUCUGGCUCUCAGGUGUUGUUCAAAAGUGAUAUCACUACCAUACAGGCACUGCUGGUCGUUUCUGAUGCCUUGUUCUCAUGGUGUAAUGAGAGGAGUCUCUCAUGGCAUUACUUAGGUAUCGCGAUUAGUAUGAUAAUCGAUCUUGGUCUGCACAUUGAUGGGCCAGUUCGAAGAUCUUCAAAGAAAGUAUCUGCUGAAGAUACGGAGAUCGAGCGUCGGGUAUUCUGGGCGACAUUCGUCUCGGACAAGGUCCAGUCUAUCUACCAAGGUCGUCCGACUCGGUUACGCGAGCAUGAUAACCGUGUGCCGAUUGUGUUUCUCGAUGAAUACGAAGAACUGGAGGAUUUCCACACACGAACGUACUGUGCUCAGCCGUCUCAGUUGGAUUGUCCGACGUAUAGUGUCUCCACGUUUGUGCAGCUUUGUAAACUCAGCAUUAUCGUGGAUCGUAUUCUAUGCGCUCUUUAUGCUGAGAGGAGCGCCACAAAGAACGCUGAUCAAACAUGGCAGACUGCGCAGUCACUCCACGCUGAUCUUCAAUCUUGGAAGGAUGGGUUGCCGGAGUGCUUGAGAGUUGAUCUGAACGACCCUACUUCCUCUAACAUCCUUCCUCACAAUCUGACAUUGCUGGCAUUGUACAACUCACUAAUCAUCUUGAUCUAUCGUCCUUUUCUUUCAGAGGGUCACCUUACAUCUGUCUCUGCAACAGUCGCACCUGAAGCCUUCUUUAACUGUGUCACAGCUGCGAUAGAAACCCAUCAGAUUCUACUAGUUUACAAACAGCAUUUUUGCUUUAGGACAGCGCCCUAUUUUAUCUCGUACGCCACGUACGUUAGCGCAACGAUUCAUGUCCGUAUGGCUGCGCAGAAAAGUCCAGGAUCGCAAGCGCAUUUAUGUCUUAGAAAUUGUUUGGAGAUUUUAUCCGAACAGCAGACGUGGUGCCACGCCCCAAAGCGAACGAUGAAGAUUCUUUUUGGUAUCAUGAAGCGUUUAGGUGUGAAUGUUGGAGAAUUCGUGGCGAUAGAACCGACAAGCUGUCAAGAUGGCCACCUGGGACAGAUUGAUAUAUCUGAACUAUCUCAAGUUGACCCUGACAUCAUGUACCAAGAACCUGACGUGUCAGUGAUGCAGCAGCCAACACCUGACACGGCAGUUGACUUCUCUAACCUGGAGUUUUCUGAUUUUGACAUCGAUCAGAUCAUGCAAAGCUUUGUAUUUGAAGCCCCUCUGAUGGCACAGGGGGAUUUUGUGCCAGUGCCUCAACCUGGAUUCAGCCAUUAUGGCACGGGUGAUGAGGCACUCACAAGUCGGGAUAUGAUGGUGUUUGAUAACUUAUUCGGGUUCGACUCCAGUACCUCCUAG